CUUGAUGGUAGAGUAAAGACUUUACAUCCAAACAUACAUGGUGGCAUUCUUGCUAGACGGAACAUUGUUCACCACAUGGAUGCUUUAAGUGAGCAUGGAAUUGGGACAUUUGAUAUUGUGGUUGUGAACCUGUAUCCCUUUUAUUCGAAAGUCACGUCAGCAAGUGGAGUAAAAUUUGAGGAUGGCAUUGAGAAUAUUGACAUUGGUGGCCCAACAUUGAUUCGCGCUGCUGCCAAGAAUCACGUGGAUGUUUUGGUUGUCGUAGACCCUGAAGACUAUCCUUCCCUUCUCAAAUUUCUGCAAGGAAAAGAAGAUAAUCAGCAAUUUCGCAGGCAACUUGCCUGGAAAGCUUUUCAACAUGUUGCUUCCUAUGAUUCAGCAGUUUCAGAAUGGCUGUGGAAGCAAUCUCCACAAGGCAAGUUUCCUCCCAGCCUUACAGUGCCACUUACGAUGAAGUGCGCUCUUCGGUAUGGGGAAAAUCCUCAUCAAAAGGCAGCAUUUUACGACGAUAAGAGUCUCUCUCUGGUGAAUUUUGGAGGCAUUGGAACUGCUAUCCAACAUCAUGGAAAGGAAAUGUCUUACAAUAAUUACUUAGAUGCGGACGCUGCUUGGAACUGUGUCUCAGAGUUUGAAAAGCCUACAUGUGUGAUUGUAAAGCAUACAAAUCCAUGCGGGGUAGCAUCAAGAGAAGACAUCCUUGAAGCUUAUAGAUUGGCUGUGAAAGCAGAUCCUGUUAGUGCAUUUGGUGGAAUAGUUUCCUUCAACACAAUUUUAGAUGAGGAUCUUGCCAAAGAAAUUCGAGAGUUUAGAAGCCCAAACGAUGGCGAAACAAGAAUGUUUUAUGAGAUAAUAAUUGCACCGAACUAUACAGAAAAGGGCCUUGAGAUCUUACGCGGUAAGUCGAAGAAUUUGAGGAUACUUGAGGCGAAAAGGACUCAAAAGGGAAUGCUCUCGCUCAGACAAGUUAGUGGGGGGUGGUUAGCUCAAGAUUCUGAUGAUUUGAUUCCACGAGAAACUGAAUUUAAGGUUAUGUCGGAUAGGGUCCCCCAGGCAAAUGAGUUGUCAGAUGCGCAAUUUGCGUGGCUCUGUGUAAAGCAUGUGAAGAGCAAUGCAAUUGUCAUUGCUAAGAAUAACUGCAUGUUGGGAAUGGGGAGUGGUCAGCCAAACAGGUUAGAGAGCUUAAGAAUCGCUUUCUCGAAAGCAGGAGAAGAGGCAAAGGGAGCUGCUUUGGCUAGCGAUGCAUUCUUUCCCUUCGCUUUAUACUGUGCCAUCGAACCGUCCGAAUUUCAUUUGAUUUUUGUAAGUCCAUUUGUUGCCAAGUAUGGGUUGAUCGACGGGAGCGGGAAUAAGCUUCCAAGUGUUUUAUUUUUACGGAGUAAAGUUCCUCUUCCAUUGCUUUCUGCCAGUGAUCAUAUUGAGCAGCUUGUUUGUGGUGGUAAAGGUAUGGAGAGGUUUUAUGUGGAGGAGGUGUUAGUUACCGUUGGUUCAGCAUGCUCUAUUUCUGGAUCGGUUGGAAAUGGGUACUUUGCUCCUUGUGAUAAUUCUGGAAUGGUUGUUGGUAUUGGAUUAGUGGAGGGGCUGGGUUGA